GUUUGAGGUUUGAGGUUCUUGGCAAGGCCAAGAAGGGUGACGGCUGCGUGUGAAGACCGCAACUCAUCACUCAUAGUGUAGUCGCCGGCCUCUCCGUGUUGCUGAGAAGGACGGCAGGUCCGAGAGAAUCGCUCAUAGCUGUCUGUCUGUCUGUUUGGCGCAUUCACGCCGACCGACAGACGGAGCCGCCUCACCGACGUGACUCGACGAGAGAACUAAGGUGAGCACGACAAUGGCCGCAGCCACUCAUCACGAUGGUGUAAGUUGCUCCGGCUCGCUGUGCCUGUGCCUGUGUGUGUGUGUUUGCUGCAGUCAUGUCGAUGAGUGACGAGGGUGGCGCGCCGCCCAAACGGCCCCGCACACAGGGAGGAGAGGAAAUGACCGCAUCUGAUAGCAAAUCGGUGGGGCAACUGACUGGCAGAAGAGCACUCGUGGUCACAUCACCCCUGUCUGUCUGUUUGUCUGUCUGUUUGUUGUGGUUCAGUCCAUCGCUGAGGGUAUGGCUCAGCUGGAGGACCGCAUCGCGUCACUUCACCAACACAUACAACAGGUGACCCACACGUCAGAGGGCUCACUGUGACGUGACGCCAUCCGUCCAGUGGGCUCUCACUCUCUGUGUUGCCAUCGGCUGUUUGCGUGUCUGUCAGGCCACUCGCGAGGCUGCCGAUGUGCAGGAGCUCUUCAACACGACAGCCGCAGCACAGGUCAACCACACACAAACACCCCACACAAUGAGGCCAUCACAACUCUCCCACUGUGUGUCUGUGUGCUGUUGUGCAGACGCCAUUUCUCGCCCAGAAGUGGCCUGGCGUGUUGUCGGCUCUCUCGUCGGCUGCCGAGGGUCUGCGUGGGAUCGGUGAGGGCGUCAAGGGCACCUGCCGGCCGAUGGGCUGGGCUAAGCCGCCGCCACCCAGACACUUGGGCGACGACCUGUCGGCCGACGUGUGGCGGGGGGACAUCUACCCGAUGCUGUCUGUGUGUGAGGCCGUCUGCUCGGCCCGCCCCACCAGCAAGGCACACGGCAGCCAACUCGUCGAUGAGGCCUUCAUGCUCAAGCGCAUCGACCAGGACCUCAAGAAACACUCACUCACCGGACUCGUCGAUGUCGAGCGCCCCACCCCUCCCACAGCCACAGCCACAGCCACAGCCACAGCAGCAGACACCGACCCCCCCGGUGGCCCCCCGACAGACCCACAGCCGGCCAGCGAUGCCGUCCGGCGGUUUCGCUAUCUGUCGGCGUCCGCCUAUGCACUGGAGCGGGGCGGGGCGGUGUGGCAGCAGAUGACCGACUUCAUCCACCUGGCGCACAAGUACAAGCUCAUCAAGACACUGCCCCUGCGGCUGUCGGCUAAUUCGCUGCCCACCGCUGCAGCAUUUGACGAGCUGCCUCUCGCCCUGGCCGUCUACAAGACAUUCGGCCGUUUGCUCAGCUACAAGGGUGAUAGCCUGGCGCUGGAGCGGGUGGAGGAGGAGAUGGAGGAGCAGGAGGACGGCGAGGAGAUGGAGGACAGCGAUGAGGAGGAGCAGGAGGGUGAGGGCGACGAUGCCAUGGGCGAUGGGGGCGAGCAGGAUGACGAACAAGGUGACGACAUCGACCAGCAGCAGCAAGAGGGUGCAGGGGGCGAUGGGUCAGGAGGGCAGCCGGGCGAUGGGAGUGCUGGGGGCGUGACGAGACAGCGCUAUAGGAUCGGUGCGGAGUACUUCACGACCGUCCCUCUUUCUGAUUUGCCCCCGAACCACCCCUACCGCAGCGGAUACAAGGACAGCGAUCCCGUCAUCCGCAGUGGGGGCUGUCUCUUCCCAUCAUUCACGGCAUUCCUCAAGGGGACGGUCCUGAUGGAGUGGUGUGACCAAGAGGGGGUGGCGCAGAAGCUGGUGGCUGGCGCUAGUGUCGGUCGUGACGACAGCCGCUAUCGGUCUCUGCUGACGGCACCGACCAUCGGGGGCGGUGAGACCAUCGACUUCAUCAAUGAGCAUCCACCCCAGGGAUAUGACGGCCGCGAGCGACUCAUCAUCGUCAAGGGCACCACAACGACCGACACCAUUGUGGCCUACCUGUGGCUGAGCUAUGGCGACAUCAGCCUCUUGACGACCGAGGCGGCGACAGAGGGCAACAGUGACAUCGAACGCUAUCCCAUUGCUGUGAAUGCCGCCAGACGAGUGCUGGUCAAGUACGGGCUCGAGAGGACAGUGCUUGCAUAGACGGCUUAGCUGACGACAGCACACUGGUGAGGAGGAAAGAGAGUAGGCGGGGGAGAGAGCAGGCGUGGUAAUGCGAUGGAUCUCCUCAUUCCUCGUGGGGUGGUGUGCUGCAUUUGUUGAUUGAUGUUCUUCAGCUCAAGUGUCGCUGCGAUAGGGGUGAGAGACAAAAUAGCGUGACCUUCCUUAUUUGAUGAACUUAUGUCUUAUGUGGUGUGCUGCUUUUUUUGAUUGAUGCGGUGUAGGUAGGCGGCGGAUCGAUCGUAGCGAACUGAUUGGCUGACGGACUGACAAAUGUGAUGUAGCCGGUGAUGAGUGUUGACAUGCGUGUACCUAUCUGCCCAGCUGCCCGUGAGUGACUCUUGAUGCGUGACUUUCAUCUUCCUUUAUGGAGCAUUCAUUGACCAAAGAAAG